UUGUUUCAAGGCAUUGAAAAUGGGUUUUAAGGAAGGAUUAAGACCAUUUAUUGGGUUAGAUGGUACAUUCCUUAAAGGAAAAGCCAAGGGACAAGUAUUGGUUGCUAUUGGUCAAGACAGUAUGAACCAAUUUUACCCUCUAGCAUGGACAGUGGUUGAUAAAGAGACCAAGAGGACUUGGAGCUGGUUCUUACAGCAGUUGCAACACUCACUUGAACUCCAUAAUGGCAAAGGAAUAACCUUCAUAUCAGACAUGCAGAAGGGACUGCUUGAUGCAGUAAAGAAUAUACUGCCUGAAGCACAUCAGAGAUUUUGUGUAAAGCACAUUGAGGCAAAUUGGUGCAAAAGGUGGAGUAAAGGUGAGUUGAAGAAGCUUCUGUAGUGGGGUGCAUGGUCCUCCUAUGCUGAGGAGUUUGGAGACCAACUUGAACAGAUGAAGCAGUUGGAUGAACCUGCUGCAAAGGACUUAAUCAACAGGUAUCCUCCGGAAACAUGGUGUAGAGCUUAUCUUGAUACAGUCUGUAAGAAUCAAGGAGUGGACAACAAUUUUACUGAGUCAUUUAAUUCUUGGAUACUUGAAGCAAGGUAUAAGCCCA